CUCAGCCAGGGAGAGGAGAGAGAGAGCCAGGGAGAGGAGAGAACCAGGGAGAGGGUGAGAGGGGGGGAGUCUUAUACUAGCUGGCGUGAAGAGGACUCGGAGGUCAAGGUGGAGGAGGCGGACACCCACACCCACACUUACCUUUAACUUUACCUGUCAUGUGUUCUUGACACCAGGGGAAAAAUCAUUCAUGAAAGGAAAAAAACUGCAUAGACGCUUUCUGACAUUAGUGAAAUCUAUCUAUACCUUAUCGAAAACAACUAAACAUGAAACCAAUCUGAUAGAGGACGGCGAACUCUUUAUUUCCGAAAACCACAUAUGAGAGGGAACGGCAAAAUGCAGCUCUUACGGAUUCAUUACCAAAAGUUGUUCCUGUGUGUGUCGUUUGUGAUGCUGGUGCUAGUGUUUGUGAAAGUGUGGGAGGCGGGGGACGAGCCGAGGGGGAUGAGACAAACCCUGCAGGGCUCGGUGAAGGGACAAGACAAGAGGGAAGCUGGAGCCAAGGAGAACAGCAUCAACAUCGACUCCCCGGUGCUGCCCCCCAUCAGGCACGGCGGACACGAGAGCAGUAAAACAAAUGUCUUCGCCGACUUAUUCCAAGAUUUGACUAGGGAAGACACAUGUCCAAUAUGUUUUGGGUAUGACCUGUGUGAGGACGUGGCUGCGGGUUUCCUGACACUGGCCACAGACUCUCCACAGGUGGUGGGCGGGGCAUCCAUGUACAGCGCCCACCUCGGGGACAUGCAGAAACUCUCCGUCAAGAUUCCAACAGGCAGCAGCUUUUCUCGUCUGGAUGAGUCAAUCUGCGUCAAUGCCAGUCUGGGGAGUGGCUGCAGCGUUAGUUCUGCCACCCGACAUUCCUACUUGGGGAAAGCACAGCCACUGUCGCUCCAGAUCCUGCAUCACCUGUUGAAGAUUGUCGGCACUCCACGCAAUCAGUAUCCGUUGUUGAUGUGUCCAAGCAAGAAGUUGUUGGGCAUCAUGGAGCAGUCCUUCGAUGACAACGACGACCGCUUCCUCAGCCAUCCUGAGAGAAUAAUGCUCUACACGACGCUCGCCAUCGCUCCUGAUAUCGUUAUUCUCAAGAUCCUCACCAAGGCCAACCUCAACGUGGGGUUCCCUCGGCUGGUAGGGGUGUGCGGGCGGGCCGAGGUGCUGGAGGGGGAGCUGACGCCCUUGGCCUCCAUGCUGGACGAAUCCUUCAACGUUCGGGCCUCACUCGCGGCACAGAUCCUUACCAUGGUGGACGACUUCAUGGAAGACGACCCUGAAUGGUACCUGUUCUAUGGGUCCUGGUCGCUGGACAAGAUGGCCAUCAACAAGGAGGGGGAGGUGGUGCUGACUGACCUGGCUGGCAUGGCAAUUGUGGAUAAGAACCUUUUUAGAGACGAGUACGAGGACGGGACAGAGAGCCGCACGCAGGAGGUCUGCAACAAGGAGUGCUUCCAGAAGUUCACGAGUGAGGUGUACCGGGAGGGCCACGACACGGACGAGAUCUGCUCCAGGGUGGAGGACGUCGGCCACCUGAUGUACGCUGCCGUGUGCGCCAUGAUCCUCAGCGACAUGAAGCAGCACAAGUAUGUCGAUUACUUCACCAGCAGCGCCAGCCAGCAGCAUCAGCCUCGCACCACCAAAGGGCUGCUCCACAACAUCCCAGCCUCCGACAGAGCCACAGUGGAGGAGCUGGUGGCCGAGUGUGUGGACGAGACAGCACCAGGAGGGAGGCUGCAGGCUGCUCAGGAACUUCGGGAUUUCCUCUCCGACUUCCUGCUGGAUGAAGAGGAUGACGACAAGGAUGAAGAUGGGGAGGAGCUGGAUGGGAAGGACGAGGAUGAGGAUGACUAUGAUGAUGAUUAUGACUAUGGGGAGGAGGAAGGGUAAGGGUGAAUGAACGUCCUCUAUGACGGAGGUGAGUACAAGCUGCUUUUGUUGUAGCAGUAUGUAGUGUGUUUGUAGCUCUGUAUGAUAGUGCAGUAACACGACCCGCUGUGCGUCCACACACCCCACCCUGCUUGGCUGAAAAAAUGGGUGUUGAUGAUGAUGUUGGUGAUCUGAUGGUCUGAAAAGUGUAAGCAAGAGGAAAAUUAAUCUCACUGCUGCAUUGGUAGUCGAGCUAUUGCACAUAAUCUGUGAUAAGAUAGUGGAAGCAGUACUUUGUAUCUGCUUUAAUUAUGCCAUUAAGUAGAGACUGAAUCUGUUGAUUUUGUCAUCAGAAAUACCUUUUGUAUGUGUCGGUGUUGUAGACUCCAUAACGUUGGCAGUUAUUCAAUUGAUGCAGUUUUCUGUAUGUCUCCUACAAGGGAAAUGUUAUUGCUUAGAAUGUAUUUUCCUCUCUGGAUGUGUGGUGGUGAAUGAACAAUGGUGCAACAAUGCUGUGGACAAUUCUUCUAUGAUUUAUCUCUGCUUCCUCGUUUACGAACUUUGCCCCGGGCCAAGCUGGGAAUGAAAAUGUUCUGGUGAUAAUGAUGUGCUCGUUUUAACCCAGUAACUGCAGGGAUCAUGUUUCUUAAAGGCUACUCUAAGUGAAUUAAUAAGAAAAAAUCAUCACUCACACAAAUCAUUAUAUAAUAGAGAACAAUGCAUUUGUAAUCAAUUGGUGCAUGCUCUACUUUCGGGGGUUUAUGUCAAGUCAAAUAUUUGGCCCAUCGUUUGUACACGGUAAAGCCACAAAUUUGUCCCGUCGCUGUUACCGGGUUAAAUCAGCUAUUACAAAUUUCAGGACUAGUGCUUCAGUGAUGGAGCCAACAUUUAUUAACGCUUUUCACCUCAUCACUUCAUGUUUCAUCUGCUCGCACAUUCCAUAGUUCUUUAGUUUGCCUCAUCAGACUUUGCAUAUUCUGCAGAAGCAUUUUUACUCUGGUCUUCAUUCCUAAUUAAAGCAUCAUGUCAAUUUUAUGUUAUUGUGUAUAGUUUAGGGAUUUGCUUGUGUGAAAAAUGGACUGGAGUAAAGUAAGGCAUUUUUUGUUGUGAAUUAAAAAAAUGUUAUAUUAGAUCUCACAAUGGAAAAAAAUAAAUAGCUUGACUUUAUUUCAGGUUCCAAAUUUGCCAUAACUUAUUUUUUCCUUAGAGAGAGAGAGAAAGCGAAAGAGAGAGAGAGAGAGAGAGAGAGCUUCCACUUAGGUAUCAUUAACAGCUUUAAGACAAUGUCUCACUAUUGAUGUGCUUCUUAUCUAUCAAGCGUAUCUUUUAGUCAUUAUUUUGUUGGCAUUAACUGGAAACAGUCGGCAACAGUGUACUAAUUCCUACUUCACACAUGCCUUUUAGUAUCAUUUCAUUAGUUUCAUUGCACUCACGGCUAACAGGGAAACAGCAUCAAAAAGAACUACUUAUUGUUGCCUUUUAAAGUAUGCGAUUAUUCCUAUUAAAAGUCAACAAUGUACUACUAACUCCUACUUCACACAUGCCUUCUAGUGUCAGUUCAUUUGGUUCAUUGCACUCUCGGCUAACAGGGAAACAACG